AUGUCGAAAAUCAUGAGACGUACAGUUUUUGAUCUUCCUUCGUCGUUUCGUAUCACUUUCGGUGGACCAAUGGUGCUUCAAUCUCGCACCGCACACAACGUCCGGGCACCGCGGAUCAAAUAUCCUAUGUGGUACCUGCAGCGAGAGCGGGCGAAAGACGACCAACAACUAACCGGUGAUAACCGUGCGUUCGUCAAAGAAGCCGUGCACGACAAGUUCGGCAUGCCGGCGGUGAUUCACGGAAUAUCCACGUACGAUGUGCGAUCUCCAUUGAGUGAAGACUCUGUCGAGUGCGUGGACGUCGAAUGGAACCCCAAGCUCCAACGCACCGGGCUUAUAGCUCGCAAGCUUGGAAACUAUCCGAUGUGGUUGGACAACGGCAAAAGCGUGCUUUCUACUCUUUUGCAAGUCAUUGAUAACCAUGUGAUCAAAUACAUCCCACCAGGCGAGUUCAAUCCACCAAGGAAACCAUAUUCGUGUCCUAAUCACAAAAAACCACUGGGAUGUCUUUUAGUGGGUGCCGAGAGUGCCGAUCCCCAAUAUUUUACAAAACAGUAUUGUGGAUUAUUUUAUAGAGAAGGAAUGAUGCCAAAAAAAUAUCUUGGCAGGUUUAUGGUUUCUCCAGAAGCUGCUUUGCAACCAGGUACACCACUCUUGGCUUCACAUUUUCGGCCUGGAGACUUUAUUGAUGUACGUGGAAAAACUAUUGAUCGAGGAUUUCAGGGUGUGAUGAAACGACAUGGUUUUCACGGUAUGCCUGCGACCCACGGUGUAACCAAAUCUCAUCGCAGAGGAGGUAAUGUAGGCCAUGGCGGCGAAAAGGGUAGAAUAUUUCCCGGAACAAAAAUGCCCGGACAUAUGGGUAACAGAUACAGGUUACACAAAGGAGCUGAAAUAUUAAGAAUCAACCACAAAUACAAUGUUAUAUGGAUAAAAGGAAUAGCAUCGCCAGGAGAAACAAAUUCAAUAGUUUAUUUAUACGAUACUAUACUGCCAUUAAGAAAGCACAAGUCACCACCACCAUUUCCGACAUCUAAAGUUGCAGAUGAUGAUCAGUUAAUAGAUUCAUAUAAAGAACAUGUAUAUAAAUUCACUGACCAAACUAUAACUUAUGAAGAAGAUAAAUAA